AAACGAAACAAACUUUUCACAACAAUGACAGGCAAGGAGUAACAAAAACAAAAAGGAAAUUUUCACAGAUCAUCGACAGAAACGCAAAUUAAUCUAAAAUUAACGCUUUUAUGCAACGUUUCGACCGCUUUCCCUAACCGUGGCCACAGGCUGAAAAAGCGAAUUUAAAAGGCAAGCAUUAGAAAAAAAGAAAGUUCAUCAGCCCCCCCAACAAAGAGUGCAAGGUAGUGUGAAAGAAAAAAAAAACAGCUGAAAGAACAGGUACUUUUUGCACAAUUCUUAUUGGAGACGACGUGCGAGGGAUGAGCAAGGGUUCCAACUGGGGCGAACUGCCGGCCCUCGUCCUCACGAACCUGUUCCAGUAUCUGGACUAUCACGACCGCCUGCAGGCCUCGGCCGUUUGCUGGCACUGGCGCUCCGUUAUCUUCCAGCCAAGAUUCUUCAAAGGAAUUCACUUCGAUGUGGCUCGGGAGAACAACAAAAAGAACAGCUUCUUUCUACAGUCGCUGGCGCACAUUAUCAGCGCCGCCAAGAUUUCGUUCGAUUCGUGCAACCUGUACGAUGUAGAGCUGGCCACGGAAAUCCUUUACAAGCUCAGCAAAAGCUCCUGUCUCUCUAGCUUGUCGCUUCAGCCGAAAUAUGCCACCCUGGUCACUCCGGGAAGGUUCUACUCCGAGGAAGAAUGGAACUAUAUCUACAAACUUUUCGUUGAGCCCAUCAAAGCGCUGCUCGGCCGGCCGAACCCACCCCUCAAGGAGCUCGAUCUGGGAUGUUCGGAAAUCUUGACGCUUCAUGCCGCUGACUUUUUGAACAGCUGCCCCCGGCCCCAGUUCCUGCAGCGGCUGGGGUUCGCCUCGGUAAAGCAGGACCCCAGCCAUUACGCGCUCAGUGCCAUUGAGCCGACCCUGUUCGAGAAGUGCCAGGCGCUGCAGCAGCUCUCGCUCGACUACGACACCAUGUGCGACGAGUUUCUGCAGACGCUGCAGCUGUUGCCCCUGCGUCGCCUCACCAUCCACGUGCACGGCCUGGACGAGGAACAUCCGGGCAUAUCGGAGGGGGCGUGGGCCACGUUCUGCGCGAAGAACCCGCAGACCGAGCUGCAUCUGACGCUGGUGUGCGCGUACGAAGCGGUGGACAUCCUGCACAGUCACAUCCUGCGCCCGUCGAUGCCGCUGUCCCACCUGAAGGUGCUGUUCUGUGAGAGGAUCAACUGCGACGCCUUGGAGUAUCUUUCACGCUACUACAAGGAAACCCUGAAGAGUAUGAUCUGGGUUGAUUCAAUGCGCAUCCAGGAGUACCGCAACAUUAUGGAGCUCGUCCUCCGCACCGAGCAGGACCCGCUGGUUAUGAUGGCGUGGCGCUGCAAGAAGCUCGAGGAGAUCGUCAUCCACGGUUACGUGCUGGAUCCGCACAACCUCGUUGGGAUUUCCCGACUGCGUGGUAGGGAUCUUAAGGUCCUCGAGGUGUCCCGAAUCGACCUAUCGAUGCCGUCGGUCAUGAUGACGCCCUUCAUCGAGGAAAUCAGCACCCAGCUGGGACAAAAGUGGGCACCGCUGGAUCCGAAAACACUACCAGCGGCACUCGGCUUCUAUCCGGUGUCGGACGACGUCCGCGAUCAGUACAUUUUGCGCUACAUUCGCAACGGUAGCUCAACCUAGACGGCCACAGUGAAGCUGAACGCAAGGUAGGUUAAUCCCAACGAAGCAAAGUGAUCCUCGAUCGAUCGGCGCCGGCAGUUAGCUUGAAGCACGACGCAGUUGAAGAUCUGGAUGGGCAUACACGUGGUAGUAAAAGUAUCGUACAUUAUAGUAGAAAGAAAAUUGUGGGAAGAGAAUUCUACAAAAGUUACACUUUUAAAUCUUCAUCGUAUUUCGUAAGGAAACGCAAGGAAGCGUCCUAUAGCUCGGUAAGGUGCGCAUUCCUCCCCACAACAACAGCUUAACCCGUUGCGCGCGAAAGUCAAUUUAGUGUGUGUGGAAAUAUCGGAAUGCUUUCACUUCCAGGCAACAAAGUGCACAAACGCAAAGUUAGAGCGCCGCAGCUUGAAGCAAGAGCGAAACAUUAUUACCUUUAGAAAAACACGAAACAAAACGAAAAACACCGAGGCAAACCCUACUCUAGAUAAAUUUGGUUUAGAAUGAAGUGAGAUUUGUUAGAGGAAAGAAAUUACAUUAAAUUGUGCAAUCGAGAUUGGGGAUGGAGUAGGAAAAAGAAAAGAAAAACGACUCUUUUGAGAGAAAACACACAAACCGAUGUACAGAGCAAACAACAACAACAACAGAUCUGUGAUUUAUUUUUGCGGUUAGAAUAUUUAUUUUUCAUAUAUUUUCGAAUUUAUUAUAUUGAUUGUGCUGUAUACAUGAAACAACUGAAAUUAUAUAGUGUUAUAUAUUUUGUUUUCUUCAAAAAUAUUUAUUCAAAAAUUAGGUUAGCAAUCAUAUUGACAAAAAGUGUGCUUGGGCAUGGCUCAAAACCCUAAAGGUUGUGUUCUAUUGCGGGAAACCGUGUUUUGAAACAUGUAAAAUUUCAGUUUCGAAAGAUAACGUGCGUGUGUUAUCCCAUUCCGCUAUGUGACUACAGUAAUGACCGAUUCUUAGCAUUUGUUUACCAAGCAGUCAUUUUUUCUAGUUGAACUUUGGAUGGUUCUGAUAAUUUUCCAUGUUUUCCUACUAUUUGAACCACACA